ACUUUCAAGAUAUGAGCAUCGAACUGACCAAAAUAAACGGACAAUCAAGUCUCGACCCUCCUAACGUUCUGAGAUCAGUCGAAUAUCAUAUCGAAUUCCCAUGCGAGUCGACUACAAAUGCCAUUUUAACUUGGCGUAACUCGAGCAAUAGUCCUUUUCCAAAUGGAAAAAUGAGUGUUACAGUGAACACGAAUCAAUCGAUGACGUAUAACAUUAGUGACGUCAUCCCGGGAUAUGACACAAUCGAUUUAAGUUGGAAAGGAAUUGUAGACUUUCGUCUCGAACUUACAGCGUCUAAGAUUGAAUCCAGCACGCUAACUGUGGAAAUGAACGCGACUGCUGUUACGGACAUAGUUAGAAAAGAUGUUCAAAUAGCGAGAAAUUGCACGUCCGGAAAUAGAAGCCCAACACACAUAUGGGAUAUCAAGAAAACGCAACAUUCGUACAAAGAAAAUUCCACAAUUGAUUGCCGAAUCCUUACAAAUUGUUCAGGGAAAAGCGCUGAUAAAGGCAAAAUGCUGAUGCUAUGUGGCGUGGACGGAAAUUGGAUACAAAAGCAAUUUUGUGUGGUCGGAGCAAAGCUCGUGGGGAUCUCGCCUGGAAGUUCGGAUACAUCCGAUCUUGCUAAAGAUUCUAGUGCAAUAUUUCAAUGUAAUGAUAGGUCAAAAUACUCUUCCGUUGUCGUUGGAUACGAUCAAUCGUCCUCAAACGAGACCUUCGAAAUAAAGAGCAUCAAUAUCGAUAAACACCACGGCAAAACGAUAAUGUGUCGCUGGACUCAUGUGGACAACCCCAACGACACUCUAACGCCGGGAAAUGUGACUAUAAACGUUACAACAAUUCCUACUGCUGAACGGAUGAAGAUCGAAGCAACUCCAAUAGCAGGAGAAUCAGCAGAACUCGAUGUUAGAUUUCGGUCCAAUCCACCGGUACCAAUGAAGAAUGUGUUGGUUUCAAAAAAAAAUGGCAAUUUAUUUCGGAAUUUCUUCUUCAAAUCAAACGGAAUCAAUCAAGGAGUUCUGCUCUAUUUCCCAAAGGUGAAGUCAUCAGACUAUGGACAAUACAACAUAACGGUAAUCGGACAGAAUCAAUACUGCAGACCGGAGAAUGUCACAUUCACUGCUGUUUUAAAUAAAUCACCUUUAGCCUUGCACCCAGGCUAUAUAGUAAGCAUAACGCUUGGCUGCUGCCUACUGCUGGUCAUAAUAGCUAUUGGUUUAUUAUUCCAAAAGUAUCGUCAUGGAAAGAAAGCCGGUCAAAUUUCAAACAGCAUUCAGAUGGCCCCAGCUGCAAAAGUUAGCGCGCCAGUAUCAGGACAUACCAACCCAAGUCGAUCCCAUCAUAACCAACAGUACCAGCACGAUACUGACGAUGAAUUCGACACGGAUGACGACGCAGCGUCACGUGACGUAGACGACAGACCUCCAAUGCCUGUGCCUCCACCGCCUCGGAAAUCAAACUACGAGCCGUCAAACUCACGUAUGCAGCCGCCACCUUCGCCUAUUCCACAAAGGUAUCAGCAGCAAAACCUACCACCACCCCGUGGUAUCAAUCCGCCGCCACUACCAUCUUCACAUGGAACCAACCCACCACCGCCUCCAUCUCCUCGCGGCUUUAGUUCGCCGCCAUUACCGCCAAGUCACCGAGUCGCGGUGCCACCAAUGCGUGACGUGGCGCCUCCGCCGCCACCUCCAUCGUCUCGACGCCCAGAACCCAUGGACCAGAACAGAGGGUAUCCUGGUUACCCUAAUAGUCCACAUAACGGAAAUGAUCCUCGCACAGCGACUCUCCCCCAGCAAAGGGGGGUGAACACCCUGGACUACCGUUAUCGGUAAUCGUACUAUCGAUAGCAAAGAAUUUUUAACCGCUAACCGCUUGAAUUUAACGACACAUCAUUGCUGCAAAAAAUUGAACCGCGGGCCACAUUUCAUCAACCGUCAGAAUGCCUGAAUAGCUUUUAGAAAUGCAAAAAUUUAACUCAAUAUGGUUCCAAUAUUGUUUUAAAAUAGCUAUUCUUCCAAUGAAAAAAAAAAGGAUUUGUUUGGUUUCUAGGAUACAUCGUAUAAUGUUUGUAAAUUAUUUAGUGCUUCAAUAGGGUGAGGGUCUACCACCAUAUGUCGCCUAGGUGUAGCAAAAUGUUUGAUAAUAUACAUAAUAUCAUUCGUAGGAUAUGCACGAAUUAAGUGUUUAUCGAUAAAUUUGAAACGUAUAGAAAUAAUGAGUGGUAUUCAUCAGUGAUAGAAAAUACAGCGGUGAACCUCUCGCUGUGGAAGCGCCCUUUUCUUAUCACCAUUAACUUCUAUGAAAAAAAACGAUCUUCGCGCUUGGAAAUUGGUUUACGGCAUACUUUUCGUGAAACGUUUUUAACAUUUCAGAAUUUUCACCAAAAAGUAUCCUUAAUACAAAAUGCAGGUAUUUUGUGAUCGACCCCUACAAGCUACCGAACUAGAAGGCGCUUGAUCAUACAUGCUAAAAAUAAGACUUCCAGUUCAUUACAUUCAUUGCACUACGGCUUCUGUGAUAACCAGAAUUGUGAAGUCAGGGAAUGUUUGUUCCCAUCCAAAGGCUAUGCUAAUAAAGUUUUAUUGUUUGUUUUUCACAAAUCGUGCUUUUAUUAAUAUGUUUCAAGAUUUUGGUUCGAUAGAUUUUACUGUAAAUCGUUGUUUCUUUCAGAAUAACAGCAUAGAAAAUUUUUUCGCCACUGUCAACUUUAAAAUUCUGUUUUACCAUGAAUUUCAGUCGAACGAAAAGUUCAUGCACCACCCCUCCCCACCUUCCAAAUUAAUUUCAGUGUUUGCUAAUUACAAAAUGGCACAUGACAACCAAUCCCACAAAUGUCAUAAUUAAUUCGAGGAAUACGAAGACGAUUUCUUUUACACCUGUAUUUCUGUGAUUGUGAAGUCAAGGAAUAGUUCUACUUGCUCAAAGGUUAUGCGAAUAAAACUUAUCGCUUCUUACUACUAUUUGUGCUUGUUUUACUAUGUUUUAGGAUUCUGGUUAGAUUGACUUUUACUUGAAGCUUUGUUGACUUUUCAGAUUUUUACUGUAAAGCGUUGUUGCUUUUUUCAGAUUAACAUCAUAGAAAAUUUUUUCGCCACUGUCAACUUUAAAUUUCUGUACGUUUCAUCAUGAAUCUCAGUCAGAUUGAAAGUUCCUAUGCAACAUCACGCAUUUAUUACACUUUUGCAUGAGAGGUUCGGCAAUGCAGCUUUCCUCUUUUUCUGAAUUAUUUUUGUUUUCCAUUUGUUGCUGAUUACAAAAUGGCACAUAACAAAAACAGGGCGAUCCCUCCUCGAAUAAAAAACAAAACCCACAAAUUUCAUAAUUAAGUCUACGAAAAUGAAGACAAUUUAUUUAACACUUACGCUUUUAUUUUUCUAUGGUUGGACUUAAAUAAUUCAGUAAUCGAAGGGAAUUCACAAAACAGUUAUGUUCUGUUUUUGGUCACCUUGUCGAAAUACGUACAGGAUUACCGCUAGAGUACUUCACUUCAAUAAUUUUCUGCAAUAGUCAAUUUUGGUAUAUUGCAACUUUUAAUUUUAUUCCUACAUUCCGUCAUGAAAGUCUCAUGCGCACUAAUUUCAGAGUCUGGCAACGACUCUCAUACUAUUUGUAAGAUUGUACUUCAAAUUGAAUAUUAUAUUCAGGUCAUUUAUAUAUUUUAUACAAAACUGUUCCACGUCGAACGGGGUCUUGUAUUUAUCAGUAUGAAAGAUACUUUUUCAGAAAGGCAUGAAAAAUCGUUCCGGUUUGGUACUGGCCAAUAUAUACGGGCAGUGAUUUCCCUACACCCCCUCAAGGAGAUAAAAAUUUGAACCACUCAAAUUUCAAACAUCCCCGUCCUUUAAUUUUGAAAUGUGACACCACACCUUAAUUCCUUACUCGAAUAAAAUUUUAUUUGAAAUUUCACGGCGUGGCUCAUAUACCAGUGUAGAUGUUCAGUCAAAUAUGUAUCACAUUUUAUAAGUUACAAUAAGUGGGCAUUUUAUGUGAAUCGAUGCCAACAUAGCUCUAAACAUAAGACUAUCGAGGCCAAAGCAACCAUAUUGACGGCCUAACAUAGUAACUUCUGUAUUAGAGAGUUAUAGCACAAGACUAUUGCAUCACAAAUGAUAGAAUACUAUCAAUGUAUUUUUUGGACACGACAGUGGACAUAACGAUCGUUUCAAUAUUAUGUUGUUGUUCUUGUUCAUCAUCAUUAUAAAAUCACAUUUCUCUUCGAAUACUGGACCAAAUGCCUUGAAAUUUUCAGUGGUGAAAUAUUAAUUCUGCCAUUCCAUUCAAAAUUUCUCUGUGUUACCUUUCACGCAUGGGAACAUUGUUUUAGCGCUUAUUUCAAGCGGUUCUGCCAAGCGUGACAGCUUAUUCUGAGAAUCCUUGCUACUGAAAACUCGGAAGCUUUUUGAGGGUACCGGUAACGUCUGAGGUAAGGACUGCUUCGCUCUGGUCUAGGUAGAUAGUGCACGUGUCCAUAUAUUUGAACAUUGCUCUCGUGUUAUGAUCCCUUUUUUUUAUCAAACAUUCAUUAGACCAGGGGUUUUCAACAAUGCGUCCGCCAGUACAUUUUAGUUUACAUUUAAUUUUUUUCUAAAGACUAUUAUUUUAUGUAUAUUGUUUGAAUAAAAACCUAUUAGGUUUGCCAAUAAUAGUGAACUUGCAAACUUUAAAAAUCAUUUUGUUUUGCCAGUAUUCGGUUCUUUUAUAUAUAUU